AUGAUGGACUCUACAGGUAAUUUGUCAUUGUGGGUUGGUAAACGUCAAGCAAGCAUUGACAUCUAUGUUGAUUGGUGUAAUAAUUCAUUGGGUCCGUUUUUUGAUCUUGACAUGGACAAUGUAUGGAAUCGUAGUAUGGUCCCAUUAAUAACAUGGGAAAUAACUGAUUGUAAUCAUAGUGCUGAAGACGAUCCAGGAAUAACGAAAAGAAUUAAUAACAAUACUUAUGAUCCAUAUAUUAAUCAAUUUGGUGAUCGUCUGAAAAAAUGGUUGGCUGGUCCUGAUGGCAUAUAUGGAACUAACGACGAUAGACGUGCAUUUGUGCGACUAGGUAUGAAAUUUAAUGAAAUAGCAUAG